AUGGGACGACACGGUACCGAAAAUCGACAAUUCCCGGCUCGGAGCUUUUGUCAGUCAAGGCAUAGUAUUGGACUAUACAUUCGCAAAAAGACUGUCGGAAGCAGCCCAUCCUCUAGCUCAACCGCGACUGUCAUCCUUGGCGCUGCGGGCUUACCUUUGCUAGCAAGACAGGAGGAGCUAGCAAGUGUGCUGUGGCAAAUAUUCCACGCAAGGCCGGCCCAAGCAAUCCCGCGUCAGCUAACAUCACGCUUCUCGGUUCUCUGCCGGAAAAAAGCGCACGGUCCGUACCGAGCGUCGCGCGCGUGUACCAUCCGACCACUCCAUAGAAAGCUACGCGUCCGAGGCCUAAGGCUGUUCGUCCCAUCCGAGGGAAAUCCGCUGCCUAGAACCAAGGAAGGCUCAAAAAGGUGUCAUGGCUACUUCUGGUCAUGGCCGUGUAUGAGUUUUUCACCCAUAGCAAGUAUCUGUGGGCAUGUCCGUACGACUACUGUUUGGCAAGGUAUUUCAGUCCAUCAUGGCCCGCACAAAUUCAGACAAAUUCGGAGUGAAUUUAUAGACAGCUCAACUCCCGAGCUGCACCUUUCAGUCCACGAAGUACAUGACUACAACGCCAAGAGCCAAAGCUCAUUACCACUGGGAACAGAAGAGGCGGUAAAAAAGAAACAAGCGACAAUGGGUCUGUACGACACACCCCCAGAACACGUGCCGCAAUGGUUCCCCUUGGCAUCCACGGUCGUGCUGGUCUUUGGCAUGGUGACCUGGUACGGCGCCUACGCUCUGAUAACGCUGCAGUCCAUCAAGGACAAGUCGUACGGAAUGCCCAUCAUCGCCACCAUCGGGAACUGGUCCUGGGAGGUGCUGUACGCAUUCACGGUAGCGGAGCACCCGUUUGAGAUGGCCGGGCUCGGCCUCUGGUUCUUCCUGGACGUCGGCCUGGUCUGGACCACCAUCAAGUACGCCCCCAACGAUUGGAAGCACACGGCGCCCUGGGUCGGCAAGAACAUGGGCCUGAUCUUUGCAAUCUUGUUCCCUUGGGCCCUGUGGGGGAACUACACCUUUGCCAGCUGGUGGUUGAGCGAGCCUGGGACGGGUUUCGGUUCAAAACAGGGCAAGUGGUAUCGUGGAAGGGAGGGUUUUGAUACCUUGGAGCUGGGAAUGUGGACUGCGUUGAUUCCGCAGGGCUGGAUCAGCGCCGGCAGCUUGGCCAUGCUCAUCUCCCGUGGCCACAGUGGUGGAACCAGCUGGACCAUUUGGGCACUCCGAGCCGCCGGUUCCGCCGGAGGCAUGUUUGGCUUCACCUAUCACGCGUACUACUACUGGCCGGAGCAGCACGGCUUCUUCACAAACCACUUCCACCUGUUCCUCACGUCCGUGUAUCUCAUCCCGGAUAUCCUCUACCCCUUCUUCCUCUACCGCAUCAAGCAGACCGAAGUCAUCCUGCCCGACGGCCGCCACAUGAGCGCCCACCACGCCAGGAUCGAGCAGGCUCUGGCCAUGCAGGAGUUGGGCUACCAGAGCGUCUUGGUUAACGGCGUCGACGGGCCCCGGUUCCUCGACAGGAAGGCGCAGUAGGAUUUUGCGCGAAAGGUUUGUACCACUAGACGGUGUCCGUGUUAGAAGUAAACAAUAGGGCGAAGGGUGUUAUUCGUGGCCGUUCUCCUGUUCUCCAGAUUAUUGAUCAUCAAAGAAUGGAAUUACCUUAGUUUACGAUCCUCAUCCAUUAGAAGUUAUAUAACGGGUUCAGGAACAGAGGCU